GAACAGAUGACAUUGAAUAAUGUCGAUAAGGCAGUUGCUGCAGCACUGUUUUUCUUUCAUUCGUAGGUACGGUGGAUUUGGUUUUAUUUGGAUUCAUUUCACUUUUUAAUUUUAUUGAAAUUUUUAUUAUCAAUUUUUGAAAUCAAAAAAAAAUAUUAAUCUAUCUAUCAAAGAUAUUUCUUGCGUUCAACAACAACAAAAAAAACUUUCAAUCUCUGUCGCUCGUUCAAACCAUUCGUAUUCAUUGUUCCAUGUGCUGAAUAGCAUGCGACUGACAGCGACCAAGUAUGCAGCCAUGUGAAACAGCAGUUUACGGUGGUUGUCAAACAAAAGCGAUUUGACAUAUAACCAUCAGUUGUGGUGUUGUUUCACACAAAUUUCGAAUAUUGAACCGAAUGCUAUGGCUUCGGAUCAAGUGAAAAUCGCCAAAAUUGGCGAAAAAAUUGCAUCAACAAACACAUCAAAAACUGUACAAGUGUUUCAAAAUGAAUUUUUCUACGACAAAAGCAGUUACAAGUUGUUGAUUGAAAUUGAUAUGAAAAAAGUAAUCAAAGAUAUGAAUGCUGUAGCAGCAUUCAAGCUACGGGAAUACAGUGAUGGAACGGUGGAAACGUUGUGGCUGGUUUUCGAACCGAAAUUGAUGGAAUUUCGCAAUCGUCCGAGCAAAUAUUUGCGCGCAACAAAAUGCUUGGUCGAACAGUUUUUCGUGAUUGAACAGGAGAAUUUGUUUGUUGACAGUGAUGAAAUUGUUAUUGAAGAUGAAGCAAUCGUUGAAGCCGAAUCGGCAGCAAAUGAAAAUGACGAUGAUUUAAUGGAUUUUGAGGAUGAUGAUGCAAGUGAUGAUUCGGAUGAGAUGCCCGUUAAAAUCAUCGAUGAUUUGUAUCAACAGCUACGAGAAGGACACCGUGAAACCGGCCCGGUGCACAAUUACACCGAAGAAUACAUUCAACACAUCGAAUUGCGUCCCACACUGACACACUAUCAGAUCGAUGGCGUCAAAUGGAUGCUGAACCGUGAACGAAUCAUCGAUAAUUUUCCCACUGAAUUCAAAGAAGUCAUCCGACGAUGGCCUGAUCUCAACACAAACACUAAGUUUUUCUACAACGAACGCACCAUCAUUCUUUUGGUUGACAAAAAUGAUGAUGUUCCCAUUCCAAGCGGUGGCAUAUUGGCCGAUGCAAUGGGUUUGGGCAAAACCGUCGAAAUGCUCGAUCUGAUCCUAUUGAAUCCACGACCAGCCAUUGAAUGCGCACAUAAUAAACAAUUCAUUGAUUUAACCCAAUAUGAAUUUGAUAAUGAUGAUUCAGACUUUUUACGAUGUUUAUGCACCAAGAAAAAUCUCACCGAUACCGUUCGAUGUACACGUUGUUGCAUGUUACAGCAUCGCAGCUGCGUGUCUCAACGCGACAAACCGACAACACCCGAUACUCAAUACAUUUGCCCGACAUGCUGGCAAAAAGAAGAACCACUUACAGCCAAAACCACAUUCAUUGUCUCGCCUCCAUCGAUCAAAUUGCAAUGGAGAGACGAAGUCAUUAAACACAUCAGUGAUGAUAAUUUCAAAGUUCUUGUUUACGAUGGUUUGAAAAAUUCAUCAUGGAUAAGUCCAAUGGAAUUGGCCUCGUAUGACAUCAUUCUAACCGAUUAUGCAACGCUUCAAAGUGAAUUCUACUAUUCGAAUCAUAAUCCAUCGUCGCGUACACUGCGUCGUCCGGCUCGUUAUUUGAGCGUGCGAACGCCGUUAUUAUUUGUGAAUUGGUGGCGUGUAUGUUUGGACGAAGCGCAAAUGGUUAGUUCUGUGAUAACAAAGCCGGCCCGUUUGGUGGCCCAAUUAUCGGCUGUGCAUCGUUGGGGUGUAACCGGAACGCCAAUCCAAAAGUCAAUCGAUGAUUUGUACGGUUUGAUUUGUUUCCUUGGCUGUUCACCAUACGAUGAGCGUGAAAAAUGGAAUGAGCUAACGAACGAGUUCAUUCACUAUGCGAACAUUAAGCCAAUUGUUUCGGUGCUACGGAAAAUUAUGUGGCGAACAUGUAAAUCGAAAGAGAUUAUGGACCAGGUCAAUAUUCCAGAACAAACCGAACUCGUGCAUCACAUUCAUAUGUCUGAUCUGGAAAAUUACUACUACAGCAAAGAGCACGCGAAAUGUUCACAAAAUUUCCGUGCAAACAGUAUGAAAAUUGGUGCAAAACAAAAACUCGCCACACUCAAUCCGCACAUGCUGAAACUCGUAUUGGAACCGUUGCGAAAACUUCGUCAGGAUUGUUCGGUGCCCAGUAUUUUCGAACGAAAUUUGAAUCAAAACAAGAAAAAUCUGAAACCCGACGAACUUCUCAAACAUUUAAUGAACAAAAAUGAAAUCGAAGCUAAGUCGGAGCUACGCACAAUUGCAUGGUCUCUCAACGGUGCGGCUGCAUUGCACCUGAUUAAAGGAGAAAAUGCCGAAGCGAUAAAAUUGUAUCGAACAGUGUUGAAAUGGGCCAAAGAUUACAGUGAUAAAAUUAGUGUUGACACUCUACUUCAAAUCCAUGCCAUUCACAAUCUUCUGGAUGUUGAUGCAUCGAUCGAUGACAAUGAGACAGCAGCUUUUCACGAGGAUUUGAACCGAUUGGAAGCUAAGUACCUGGAAAAAUAUGUGACAUUGGUCAAAAAUAUUCAUUUGGACCAAACGAAAUGGGAAGAACGAAUUAAAACAAUUCAUUCCAAAUUGGUGUCCAAUGAGUAUCAAUGGUGGUUAAAUGCACUGAAAAAUGAACCACAUGAUUCGAAUCAACUGUUGCGACGGAUUAUUGAUGAGAUCAAAGUGUCAUACGGAAAGAAGAACGACGUUCCAAGCGCAUUAUCGGAUGUUAUGCUGCAGUUCCAAACGAUGGACGGUUUGAUUUUUGUAUUAACACUCUGGAUGGAUCGUGUGAUAGAAGAGCGUAAAAAUGUUCAAAAAAUCUUCGGGAAUUUACGAUUUUACAUCAAUAAUUUCAAACCAAUCACACAAAUCGAUCCGCAGCAUCGCGGCAAAGUGCUCAAAUUUCUGAAUCAAGCGUAUGAAUGCCAUCUGAAAAACAAGAACAAACAAGAAGAGGAGGAAGAACAAGGCCCACGAAGAAAGAAGAAGAAGAAGGAAUCGUGUGAAAUGUGCUUGGCCAAAGAGCAGCUAAAAGCUUAUGAAAGCGUCAUCGUUGACCACAUUUCAAAUGUAAAAAUGAUCGAACUUGAAAACGAUGUUCGCAAAGAUGUGUAUUCGUACAAAAUUCCAUACCAAGAAGCCGUUCUCAAAAUUAUUCUCAGUCACAUAAGAAACAUUGAUAUUGAAUUUAAAGAAGAUGGAAAAACGUUGUUGCACUUACUGGAAGCAUAUCGAAACGAAAGCAAGGAUUGGAGUCGAUUGUGGGUCGAGGUGAACUAUACGGUAUCGGCGUAUGACGAAUUGAAAAUGUGUAAGUCACGUACACAAGCCGUCGAUCCGAUCGAAUUGGAAGACGAAUCUGUAAUGGAUUCAAAUUUGAUUAUUUCCAAGUACGAGGUUGACGAAAAUAUGAUGGAUUUGAAAGGCCAAUUGCAACAAGCUGAAUUGGACUUCGUUCGAAAACUGGGCCAAUUAAAGUAUUUGAAUCAUUUGAAAAAGAACCAAACGGUCGAAGAGUGUCCAAUUUGUGAUACGCGUCCGGAGACCAAGUACGUUGUUCUUGAGUGCGGCCACCACGUGUGUAUGAAAUGCUUUUUGAAUUGGAAACGAUCGAUGCCCAAAGGUAAUCCGACAUUUAGAUGCCACAUCUGUCGUCAUACACAAAACAAACACAAAGUGUUUUACGUGACAUUGCAAACUGAGCUGCAGCUCACUGAUUCAUCGUCAAAAAUUGAAACGAUUGUUCAGCACAUUGCCAAGCUAAAGAAGGACGAUCCAACGGUGAAAAUCGUCAUAUUCUCACAAUGGUCGUACAUCUUGAAUGUUUUGGAAGACGCACUCGUUCAAACGAAUAUUUCAUUCCGAAGUCGCCUCGAGAAAUUUUACCAGACCAUCAAAGAGUUCAAAGAUCCAGAUAUGGAUGUCACCUGUUUGCUUCUUCCAUUGAGCUAUGGCUCCAAAGGGUUGAAUCUCAUCGAAGCGACGCACGUAUUUUUCAUUGAGCCGAUUUUGGACACGGGCGAAGAACUACAGGCAAUCGGUCGUAUUCAUCGUAUGGGCCAAACAAAAAAGACAUACGUUCAUCGAUUCAUCGUGCUCAAUACAAUUGAAGAAACCAUCCGAACCACCAUAUCAAAUGAUGCGACGGGAUUUUGGUCGUCACGAAAAUGUACUGUCGAAAAUUUGAUGGAAUUAUUCACAGCGACGGAUUUAAGCAUGGAUGAUAGCUAAAAUGGAAUAACCGCUAGCUAUUACUUCAACAUUUUCGGUUGUAAUAUCUUUUUUUUCUUUUUCUCUCGUCGAAUGUCGAAAUUUGAUUUAUUUGUAUCAUCCAACCGUCUCUCUUCCUUUUAUCUUUACCAUCUUUAUCUCUAUCGCUUUCGGAAAACACCGAAAUCACCGUAUUAAAAUAUAUCAUAAUAAUUCUGGCCGCAGGGUUAAGAGGAAAAGUGAACAGUAUACGUUCGAAGUCACUUUCUUUCUUUUCUUUUGUCUCCAGCAUACUAUGCUCGUUUUGUAAACAAACUGUACACCAGAAUGAGAGUGAGAGAGAGAGAGAGAGAGAGAGAGAGAGAGAGAAAGAGAAAGAAGAAAAAAAUGUUCAAAUGACGGAAAUAAAGCAAAGAAUGCGAAAAAUUUGUAACACAAA